GCCGCCGCCGCGCACUCCGGCGCGGGUUUUCCUGCGCAUCGGAGUAGACAGCCUGGAGGGGGCAGGCGCGGUUCAACCCCGGAGCCCCAGGAGCCGGUGGCAGGGUGGGCUCUGGUCAUCAGCAGGGAGAAGGCCAAAGUGGAAGGGGGCUGGCGUGGUAGCCUGCUGAGAUCGCCGCGAUGACGGACAGGCAGGGUGGGCUUGGGUUCAUUUCCUCCUCUGUCUAGGCCUGAAGGACACAGAGUAGCAUCUCAAGGCUUCUCUGCAGUUGGUUUUUCCCAAGUGGGUAUUUGAACCCUGGCCUUCGACUGUCCGUGGUUCACAGGGCUCGUUAGGCCUCUGUUGGGCUGCAGAAGCUCGGUCCCAAGAGUGAACACUUGCAUUGAUUUAUGGAGAUUUUUCUAUAGCAGUACGGUUGGCCUUCAGCUGAGACUGAGGGAAAUAUUGACCAUAGAAGAGGCUGUGGGAUGAAAGAGCCAGGAACUCCUCCAACACAUGGCGGCCCUCCGUUCCCAACAGCUCAACUCUGAGCACGAUCAGUUAGUUCUCUUUUACGCGUCAAUACCUUGUGUAUGGUUCUAGCACAUUCCCUGUUGGAGAUAGCAGAAAUAGCAUUUCAUAGAUGGAUGUCAGUCACCCUGCUGGACUGUCACACCAUGAAGGCAGAGGCUGGGAUUUUUAAUUUGCUUCUAUUCCCGGGUCUAGUCGGAGAACUUAUGGCGCCUCAGUAAACUCAUAAUGUAUGAAGAUGAAGAAAAAAGCCCACCUCCAGUGUAAGGAAGACGGUCUGAGUUCAUUAUCCGAAGGAGGAGUGGGUUGGAAAAGAGCCAUUACUUAGUAGUUACAAUUAUUUUCAGAAUUACCUUUCCAAAGGAGAUGGUAGGUAGCACUGUCUCUGUGUAUUUGAGAGUCCUCAAGACUAGCGCAGCCACACCAGCAUCUGGGGUUUGUUACUUACAGGCGCUUUUGCGGCAGGACUCAACCACUCUGGGAGAGGGGCCUAGCAUGCUGCUCUAGCAGCCUUCCCAGUGAGUCGGCCCCAGGCUCCAGUUUAACAACCCUUGGUUUGGUGAAGAACAAACUAAGGAUGUCCAGACGCCUGCAGUAGGUCCACUUACUGGCUAACAAACCGGUAGCAAAGGAGAUAAUGCUUUUCCUUUUCACAGGUGUGCUUCUCGCCCGGCUUUAUCUGGCUGUGAUUUUCCAGUGCAGGAAUGUUCGUGUGUGGCAUAUGUCUGGGCGUGGGGAAUGAGGCGGCAGAAGGCAGGAGAAGGUUCACCUUCCAAUGUUCAGCUCGCCCGGCCGGCUGUGGGCAGCUCUCAUCUGGGAAUAUUUUUCCCAUCUAAAGGAACGCAGACGUGUGGGAGACGAGUUCCUCCAACUGCCUUUUGGUGCAGACAGACGCCCCGGCCACCUGGAGGGAAUACCCGGGCUGCCCCGCGCCCCCAGCUUCUGGGUGUCACCCUGGCGCCCCCUGCCCCCUUGCGGUGCGGCAGCCGGGGCCUCCUCCACCUGCAGGGGUCGCCCUGGGAGCGCGGCCCGCCCCCUUCCGCUGCGGCCUCCGCCCCCGGCCCCGCCUUGCUGGGUUCGCCGGCUCCGCCAGGCCCCUCCGAUCCUUUCCUCGCGCAGCCGCCGCCAAAGCCUGGAGAAGUGGAAUCUCGCCGCCGCUGCUCCCUGCGCGGGCCUCGCGGAGCCGCACUGGGCAUGCUCAGUCGCCGGAGCCAGUGCUGCUCUAAGUAGGAAGCUCGCGUGCUGCAGCCCGCAGCUGAUCCCGGCGCUCAGCGGACUGCGAGACCCUAGGAGCCGGAGCCGGAGCCGAUCGAGCGUCGCACAGCACGGUGUUGGGGAUCAGUGAAACCCAGAGCAUCGGAAGUGCUAGGUUGGAGCAUCUGUGGGGGAGCUGGUGUGCUCUCUAGCCAAGCAAUGCUGUGGUUGGAUCUGCCCAGCCCUGGAAUAGAACCCUUUGCCGGAUGGAAAAUCCAUAAACGAAAGCUCCUGUGAAAAGCUGAUUCCGACGCUGACGUCAGUG